AUGAACCUCUUCAAGCUGCGCCCAUCUUGCACAGCUGUUGUCGGCGCCAGCCCGAUUCCCCCCGGCCUCAGGAAGGAAUGGAUGGACCGACGGAUCUCCCUCUGCGAGCUCUCCGCAAAGAAGCUGCCGGAGGAGGGCUUAUGGAUCUCUCUUCACGGGGGCGUCUUCGACAUCACGUCCUUCCUCCGCGGCCACCCCGGCGGUCCGCAGGUUCUGCUCAGCUGUGCAGGGGGCGACGCCACUACUGCGUUCGACGAGGUAGGGCACUCACGCAAAGCUAUGGAUAUCGCGCUCAGGCGCUGCAUUGUUGGCCUGAUGGAAGACUGCGAGCCGAGCGGCUUCGUGUCGAACGCCAUCUCCCGCGGCUAG